AAGCCUUGUGUUGAUGUGGCUGGCCUCGGCGUCUGGCUGCUGUGACACAAUAACAUUACUAUUUUUACCUUCAUAUUACCUUUAUUUACUAUUUAUUUUACUCUAAGAGUGAAGUGAUGGUGCUGCUUCAUGGAUUAUUGGUUGCCCAGAGAGACCAUUCACCAUAAUGGACUAUCAAGUUAAAAGUAUCGGGUCUGGCAGUGAUACACAAAGCUCAUUCCAGCCCAGUAUGUGUGACAUCCAGCACCCGGCGGUAGACCAGAACUCUGAAGACAGAGCAACUGAAGUGUGUGAGAUAGUCAAGGAGGAUGAAGUUAGUCAGACAUCCCAGGAAGACAGACAAGAGGACAUUUCAGAUGCUGUGGAGUUUCUCAGUGUUGAAUGUGACAUGAUUUUAGAGCCUGAAUGUGACCUACAGACUGACAACCACGUGAGUUAUAAAGGUGGACGAGGCAAGAGAGACAAGGUACGGACGAGCGCCGCCCCCAGAGGCAGUAACACGGUGUUGCCCAUCAUCUAUCAACUUCCCCUCAUUGCAGAACUCUUUCGUUAUCGUGAUGUUGACGUUUACAAGCGCACAUGUAAGGAUGGACCGUUUGUGAAAAUUUUUAAUCCGGUCUCAUCUGUCUCAAAGAAUGCGAAGAGAAGUAAACACAGAGUGAAACGCACAUUAAACAAUAACGUUCAUGGGCUCGGAGUGGUGAGUCAGGAAGACACCGGUAAUGUCAGCUGCACAGAACUAGAAAUAUCAUUUUCAGGGGAGGGAGAUGCCAACGAUGAGUCUCAGGGCCAUGUAGAUGAUCCACCAAAUAAAUGUGAAAUAUGUCAAAAGCAGUUUCUGGAUAAGAAUGCCUUGAUGACACAUAAAUUAACUCACAUAAUUGUAACAGGGAAAUCUUAUCCUUGUACGGUGUGCGAGGCAAAGUUUACAAGCAAGGUAUAUCUCAGGGCCCACAUACAACGUCACUUUUGCUUAAAGAGCGUCCAGUGUCAGUUUUGUGACGAGACAUUCCAGACUAACAAUCAGUACGUUAUUCAUCAACGUGUACACGUGGAUGAAAAGCCAUUUCAGUGCCAAUAUUGUGAAAAGGCUUUCAGCAAUAAAUUCCAGUUUGAUAAUCAUGAAAAGACUCAUGCUGGUAAAGGCCUUCUGAAGUGUGAGUACUGUGAUGCAACCUUUACACAGAAACAAGCACUUGUUGUGCAUGAGCGCAAACACACGGGAGAAAAGCCUUUUAAGUGUGAAAAGUGUGGCGCAGCAUUCAGAGUUCGGUCAUACUUGCGGGCUCACAAAAAGUGCCACAUGGAUAGAAAACCACGAGAAUGUCCUGACUGUGGUUCACAGUUUUGGAAGAGCUCGGCUCUCAAGAAACACAGAAAGGCUGAACAUGACAUGUAAUGUUACACGAGUCAUCUCAAUAUAAUAAUAGAGUUUACCUUCAGUGUAUCAUCUUACUAUAGUAUCUUAGUCUAAGAAAAGAACCAUGAAAUCACAGUUACAGAAAUGACUAUUACCUAAGUGUCAUAGAGAGAUACUGUACAAGUGAGAGAGUUCACCAGCCAGCUUCAUGACCCCAGACUAGAAUGGGUGUUAGUCAAGCUUCGUCCAGAUAACUUGCUCGUAUGUCCAUAAAAAGGUUUGUAGACAGAUGAGUUAGGAUUUUCUAAGUUGGGCACCAUAUUGGAUUUAGCAUAAAUUAGUGCAGUUCAUGUUUUGAUUUGAUUUUAUAUAUCUGUCUGCAUAACAUUAUUUUUGAAUUUACAAAGGAAUAGUCAUAGUUAUAAAUAUGUAAUGAAUUCAUGUUAUUUAUGGAAUGUGUUGCAAUAUAUGUUAUGUGAACAUUAAGGUACAUACUCUAAAUUAUAAAUGUAUAGAAAUCCUCAAGAAAAUGUAUAUUAUUUGGAGAAAAAAAAAUAUAUAUUAAAAAAAAUGG